CUGUUCCUCCAGGUUUAUAGCCUGGGCACUGACUGGAUAGGGCCACUUGGCAAGGGACUUCCUGUUACCGGGUGGGGAGUGUCCUGUCAGAAGUGUUCCUGUGUUUCUAUAGAGAGCAGCCAGAAGCCAGGAAGCCCCGUGUGAAUGAGAUACAGAGAUUUACCUGCCUGAGGUAAGGAAGAUCAUGCUGAGAUGGAGGGCAGCUGGAGAGAUGUCCUGGCUGUGCUGGUCAUCCUGGCUCAGCUGACAGUUUCCGGAUCCAGUUAUCAGAUCAUAGAAGGUCCUCGGAAUGUAACAGCCCUAAAGGGCUCAGAGGCUCGCUUCAACUGCACUAUGACUCACGGCUGGAAGCUUAUCAUGUGGGCUCUCAACGGUAUCGUGGAGCUGAGUCUCACGUCCCAGGAACCCAUCAUCACCAACAACCGCUUCACCUCUGCCAGCUACAACAGUACUGACAGCUUCAUCUCUGAGAUGAUCAUCCACAAUGUACAGCUCAACGACUCGGGGCCCGUGCAAUGUAGCCUGCAGAACAGCAAUGUGUUCGGAUCCGCCUUUCUCUCGGUGCAAGUCAUGGGGACUCUGAACAUUCCUAGCAGCAACCUUAUAGUCACUGAGGGUGAGCCCUGUAACGUGACUUGCUAUGCCGUGGGCUGGACCCCACUCCCGAAUAUUUCCUGGGAGCUUGAGCUUCCUGUAAGUCAUUCAAGCUACUAUUCCUUUCUGGAGCCGGGCAACUCUCUGAGGGUCUUGAGUGUCCUGGAUCUCACACCACUGGGCAACGGGACCUUGACUUGUGUGGCAGAGAUGAAGGACUUGCAGGCCAGCGAGUCCUUAACUGUCAACCUGACUGUGGUUCAGCCUCCACCGGACAGUAUUGGCGGGGAAGGCCAAGCGCUGCCAACCUGGGCCAUCAUCCUCCUGGCAGUGGCCUUUUCCUUACUCUUGAUCCUGAUCAUUGCUCUGAUUAUAAUAUUCUGUUGCUGUUGUGCCUCCAGGAGAGAAAAGGAAGAAUCUACUUAUCAAAAUGAAAUAAGGAAAUCGGCAAACGUGAGGACAGGCAAAGCAGAUCCCGAGACAUGGUUAAAAAGUGGGAAGGAAAACUAUGGGUACAGUUCCGAUGAAGCAAGGGCUGCACAAAUUGCUUCUCUCCCUCCUAAAUCUGGUGAAGUCAGUCUUCCAGAACAGCGCAGUAGCCUUCCUCAACAGGAACUUGAUAAACAUCAGCCCAGCCCAGUGACUCAUCCACGAGUUUCCUUUGACAUCGCCAGUCCUCAGAAGAUCAGAAAUGUGACUUUAGUGUAAUAAUAAAGACUUCUCAUGGCUGUGCUUGGUGUACACACACCGGGCAAUAUCAUUCUCUUCUGUAUCCUGAGACCACAUCUCAGCUUUGCCAAAGAGGCUGCAUCGGAGGCACCA